AUGGCUCAUGCAGUCUGCCGCAUUCAGGGAUUUCCUGAAGCAGAAGCUAUUCUUCAGGGAGAUAAACUUGUUGGAAAUGAUUCCUGUGUCUCCAAUCAAGAAAAUAACAACACAUGUGACUUUUUCGAAAAACAGACAUCAAGUAGCUGCAAUGUUUCGAACGAAACAGUUGCUGUUUGCAAAGGCAACUGUGCAAAUAUUUCGUGUGAGGGUGGACAACAUUGUAAUGCUACGAAGGAUGGCCCUAAAUCUGGAAACUCCUCUAUCGAUAGCAAUGGUAAAGACCCAGACAAAGAUAGACCGCAUGUUAACAUUGCAACAGACAACUUUACAUUUGCCGUUGACGAUAGAGUGAAUUUACAAUGCAAGAUUCAAGACACAGGGGUUUUCAUUGCUGCAAAGUGGAUUCGAGAAGAGACCAAGCAAACCCUGGAGACCGCUAAUUUCUCCCGCUCUGAUGAGCAUUCGAAUGAUUUAAAAGACCAUCAUUUCUACUAUGUAAUCAAAAAAGUAUCUACUAAAGACAGAGGGAUUUACAGAUGCAUUGCUAAUUUCUCCGAUUAUGGGCCAGUAGAUGCCUGGUACAAGUUGCAAGUGAGAGCCCAUGAAAGUGAAAGAACCAAUACUGCUGCAGUGAUCAGUUUGAGCGUCAUUUCUGGUAUCCUCUUCCUAAGUAUCAUGGUCUGCUUUGUUCACCACAGGAGGCGUGUUUCAGCAUUACAGAAAGACGAUACUCGUGGAAAUGAAGAAAAUUUGGGUCUUGAAAGGUAAGCUUUCGCCUUAGUCGGGAAGCAACCACUAAAAUAUCCUUAGUGUCGUAAUCGUAUUGGAUCAAUUGAAUGUGUUUCAGGCCCCAUCCACACUACCCCGGGAGAAUUUGAAAACGAAGGUUUCACUCUGAAACACCUCAGAUGUUUUCC